AUCGAAAGGAAUUGAGAGAUUAAACUCACGGGAUUACCAUCUGCACACUCACUGAGACACACACGCAGCCACUUCUCUCCGGCGACCGCCGCGCAGGCACCUCCACCGCCUCUCGACGCCUCUCUCUACAUACCCACACACACGUUCCAUCUCCUUCUCUUUUUGUUGAGCAAGUGUCCGGCCGAUUCUGCUGCUUCCGUCGUCGGAUUCCGGCAAAUCUAGGACAGUCUUGUCCAUCCUCUAUGCAAGUGACCCUAUACCGAGAGCCAUCACGGGCAAGGAGUAGCAACGGGCAAAUGAGGAAGGUGAUUCUUAUGUAGCUGUCCUGCCUUAGAGAAGUAAAUUUGAGGGGCAUGAGAAAAAAAGAUUGCAUAAAACAGCUUCGCUGUAUCGUUUAGGCACAUACAAGAGUCGGCGGAGCAACCCACAAUCACGGCGGCAUGUCAGCCCUAAAAAGAUUCUCCAAACCCCGACACCACCCUGCACCACUGCCACCGCCACAACAACCACCCAACAUCUCCGCCCUAACUCCCCCAACCUCCUCAGCCACCGCCCAAACCCAAUUAACCAACCUCACCGCCUUAUUCGAAUCAUCCCUCAGAAAACCCGCAAUUGCGAUCACACCGCAAGACCUCCUCCACUUCUUAAAAUCCCGCCUGCGCCACCACCCCACGCUCAGCCACCUUGACUUCCACCUAUUCCGCUAUGCAGCCACGCUAGACUCCUUCCGCCAUGAUCACUCCACGCUCGAGUACAUGGUGCGCACUCUCGUAUCCACCGACCGUCUCGACUCUCUCUCCUCGCUCCUAGACUUCAUUUCCUCCAACCCCUGCCCAUGCUCCGACGGUAUAUUCUCAUGUCCUAGAACCGAGCCUAUCUUCCGCGUUUCAAUUACUUCAUUUUGUAGGGCAGGUAGAUUUGAUGAUGCACUCCAUGCCUUUGAUAUAAUGAAACGGUUAAUCGAUGGGAAACCCAAUGCUUCCUUGUAUAAUAUUGUGAUCCAUGGUUUUGUUAAGCUCGGGAAAUUGGAUAGAGCAGUGGACUUCUAUGGAAGAAUGCUUAGAAAUAGGGUAAAUCCUGAUGCAAUCACUUUUAAUAUCUUGAUUAGUGGCUAUUGUAGGAAUAAUAAGUUUGGCUUAGCAUUGGAGGUGUUUAGGGAGAUGAAGGAAAAAGGUUGUCUUCCAAAUGUGGUUAGUUUUAACACAUUGAUCAGGGGCUUCUUCCGGGAUGGGAAGGUGGAACAGGCGGUUGGGAUGGUGCAUGAGAUGAUCGAGAUGGGGUGCGAGUUCUCAUGUGUAACGUGUGAGAUCCUGGUUGAUGGACUUGGUAGAAAAGGGAAGGUGAGUGAAGCUGCUGAUUUGAUGAUUGGGUUUUUUAGGAAAGGAGUUUUGCCAAAGGGGUUUGACUAUUUUGUGUUGGUUGAGAUGCUUUGUGGUAAUGGGAACAUGGAGCGGGCGCUUGAAUUGGUGAAUGAGUUGUGGGACAAUGGCUAUGGUCCAAGCUUGAUUGCCUGCACGACUUUGGUUGAAGGAUUACGUAGAACUGGUAGGACUGAAAAGUCAGUUGAUCUAAUGAGAAAAAUGCUCAAUGAAGGGAUAUUACCAGAUACAGUGACGUUUAGUUGUCUACUAGAAGAUAUGUGUGGUAGGGGAGGCACGUUGGAAGCAAAUAAGCUGCGGAUGCUGGCUUCAAAGAAGGGUUUGCAUCCAGAUGGUAUGGUGUACAGGAUUUUGGUUUCGGGUUACGCAAGAGAAGGGAGAAGAAAAGAGGGCGAAGUUGUGAUGAAUGAGAUGUUCGAUAAAGGGUUUAUACCUGAUAUUGCAACUUACAAUGUGCUGAUAAAAGGCCUUUCCAGAUGAACCCGUGAAAUCUCAACUAGUGCUGUAGAAACCUAAUAGGAUACAUUCCCCUGAAGUGGCAUCAUGACAAAAAGAUAACCCAUCUCAGUUGAUGUUUCCAGGUAGUGAGAUCCUAAUUAUUAUAGGAGAUGAAGAUCAAGAGAAAGUGAUGGUGGGAUGAACUUCAUUGAAACUCAUGGGAUGUUGCAACAUCUUACAGCUCUGGGCAGCCUUUAUAUAUCUAACUGCGAAGAAUUAGUAGAGCUGCCGGAAGAGAUUAAACAUCUUCAUAAUCUUGAAUGGAUACGGUUAGCCCGUCUUCCCAAGAUGGCAUGCUUACCACAAGCCAUACAACACCUCUCUUCACUCAAAGCUCUAAGCCUGGCCGAUCUUCCUGAGCUGGAAUCACUCCCAGACCAGCUACCUUCUAUUCACCAACUCGGAAUUUCAAACUGCCGAAAGAUUGUAUCAAUUCCAGCUCUACCAAAUGCCAAACAACUAACUAUCAGCGGAUGUCCACAACUGGAAAGAUGAUGCCAGAGAGGAACAGGACAGGAUUGGCACAAGAUUUCUCACAUUCGCAAUCUUCGAAUUCCUUAUGACUAACUUCUGUCCACAGACAUUUUUUUUGGUGCUGCUUGCUGGGAUAAUGAUACGAGCUCCUACUCAUCCAAACCAUCCACACAGCCUACACACGAACCACCACCAGCGACCCAGCCACACCGCCACCCAAGUUUAAUGUGCUCACUCGACUUACUUAACGAUCGAAGUGGAAUUAUUCAGCAACUUGAAGCUGACAAUCUGCAACAUCCCUUCUGGAGUACAUGUCACUUUGUAACAAUAAUAUAGACAUAAACUAAAGGUCACCUCAAAGCAUUUGAAAGGAGGAAAAGAGACAAGAAUGGAUGUUUUGGUGAUGGAGAAUCUUCUAUACAGACGCAAUAUUACACGACUGUAUGACCUCAAAGGUUCUGCUCGAUCAAGAUAUAAUCAAGAUUCAAGUGGAAGCAAUAAAGUUUUGCUCGAUCAGAAUCUGAUAGAGGCUAUGCCAACCUCUUCUAUUUUCUUGAGAACAAAGGCAAAACGUCUGCUAGAGAGAGCUGUGCAGAACUGUAACACCUGUACUUUUAAGUACUAAAAAAAAAUGUCGUGAACUAGUUAAAAUAAAA